GACUUUGAGGUUAUGUGUUAGUCUCGCAUGGUAAUUUUUUAUUGUGGAAAUAACUCGGUGAACACUACUUAAUUUUAGAAAUUAUUCUUAAGUGCCUUAAUUAAUUAUUUAUCAUUCGCAACGUUUCAUAUUGUUAUCGUUAAAUGCCUGAUAUCAGCAUGUCGACUCAUAAAAAAAUAUUUAAAAGUAAACAAAUAAAAGCCGAAUUAGCUAGAGAAUUAACUUUCGUUAAAAAUGUAUUCUCCCUUUUAUCCAUACCAACUCGAGUUGACAUUGAAGGUGAUGCUGAUUAUGAAAUGGUGCAUGAAUCACAAGAAAAUAUAGAUGACAAAAAAGUAUCAAAAAGAGCAAGAAACAUUGCAGAAUUAGAAGAGAAAUUACAAAAGAUUAAAUCACAGAAUAAUUUUACAUUGAAAACUAAGUUAGUUAAAAAGAGUCUUAGCAGUAAACUCAACAAGAAAAUUAAAAAAAGAGAAAGAACAAACAAAAAUCAUGUCAAACCUUUUGGAAAUGCUCAAAAACCUGAGAAAGUAGAGUCAGAUAAUAAGAAUAAAGCAAAUAUUGCAAAACCAGUUUUUAAUAACGAUGGAAAAUUGGUGUUCUCCAAAUUUGAUUUUGCCAGUGAUAGUCGGAAAGAAAGGAAUCACAAAUCUGGUGAGAAGGAUCCAAGAAAGAUAUUAGAUAAUUUGAAACAACAACAGGAAAAAAUUCGUCAACUAGAAGAAACAGAAGACUGUAAAGCUAAAGAAGUCAAAGAAAAGGUUGCAUGGAAGACUGUUUUACAGAAAGCUGAAGGGCAAAAAGUUAAAGAUGAUCCCACUUUAUUAAAAAAAUCUAUCAAACGAAUGGAACAACAAAAGAAGCAAAGCAAAAAGCAGUGGGAAAAUAGGAUAAAAUCUGUGGAACAAAAGAAAGAAGAACGGCAGAAAAAGCGAAAGGAGAACAUUGGCAAGAAGAAGAAAGAAAAAAAGUCAAAAAUUGUCAAAGCCGCAGUCAAGAGGGGGCGGGUUGUUCUUUAAAUUUACUAUUUUUAAGAAUAAACCAUCUAGAAUAUCUA